AUGUAGCAUGAGAGGGAGGCCAGCGGCCGGAGGAAGAGGCGGGGACGGCGUCUUAACCCUCGGCCCCUUCAAGGGAGGCAGGGAGAGGACCAGGGCCCGCCGCCGCCCCGGAACUUCCCCAGCGGAGGAGCUCCUUGAGGCCCGGCCGGCGCUGCUGCUGAGGAGAAACGGAGCAGCCACGGUCCCUCCCUCGGGUUGGCAGCUGAUGGAAUUUGGGUCCGUUUCCCAUAGAUGUAGUUGGGCAGGAGCUGCUUCCAAGUGGAAGCAGGAGGGCCAGGACCAUGCCUCCUUCCAAAGAUGUUGUGAAAAUCGCAGUCCAAAUGAUGGGGGCAAUCCCUCAACUCAUAGAACUCAAUCAAGCCAAACCAUUGUCUGCAGUUGUGAAAGAAGUUUGCGACGCGUGGAACCUGAAUAAUUCAGAGCGUUAUGCUCUUCAGUAUGUGGACGGCCAGCAAGCAUACAUCACAGAAUCGAAUCGUGGCGAAAUAAAGAAUGGGAGCAUCCUACAACUGACCACUGCGCCAGAUCAAGAGGCAGCAAAGUUACACGGUGGGAUUCAAAGCAACAAUCUGGAUGUAAAAUCUGACUCUUUGAAGAAGUUGGCAAGUCUAUCCCGGGACGUUGCUUUUGCUCAGGAGUUCAUUAGCAGGAAUGGUCUCAACCAGCUUUUUCUCAUUGUGGAAGAGGAUAACAUUAUAGGGGAGAUUCUAGCAUAUGCUCUGAAGGCCUUCGUGGAGCUGAUGGAGCACGAUUUUGUUUCCUGGGAGACUCUCAGUCCAGCUUUCAUCAAAAAGAUUGUCAGCUAUGUCAACGUAGUCCCAAUGGAUGCCUCCAUCCAGCAGAUUUCACUGGCCAUUUUGGAGAACAUGGUGCCAACCAGCCGUUCUCUGUUUGAACUGGUCAAGCAUCAAGUGACCCUUGAGCGCCUCAUCUCCCUUCUGCAAGUAAUGAAUCAGCAGCUGCAGUUAAAAGCCACAGCUCUUCUUAUUGCUCUGCUUCUUAAUGCCAGCGAGUCAGAGAGGAGGGACAUGAUGGAAUAUCUGGGGGAGAAGAAUCUCAGGCAAUUUAUCCAUAAGAAUAUUGUCCAUGCAUCAGAGCCAAUUGGAGAUGAGAUGGCCCACUAUCUUUAUGUGCUACAGUCGCUUACGUUGAACCUAUUAGAGCGCAGGAUGAGGACUCCAAUGGAUCCCUAUUCACAGGAACAGAGAGAGCUGCUUCAGUCACUGCGCCAUGCGGCCUUUGUGUCCGAGAAUGAUUCUUCCACUGGCAGUUCAAAUACUGAACGUCGGCAUUCCCUUUGCUCUAAGGAGUUCCGCAAGCUAGGCUUUGUGAAUAAUAGUAACCCUGCAAUGGAUUUACACCGCAUUCCUCCAGGACUACUUGCUCUAGACAGCAUGGUCUAUUUUUCCAGACACUUUCCAAGUGCCUACAGCAGGUUCAUUCUUGAAAACAGCAGCCGAGAAGAUAAACAUGAAUGUCCAUUUGCCCGGAGUAGCAUCCAGCUUGCUUUCAUGCUCUGUGAAAUCCUUCAUGUUGGGGAACCUUGCUCUGAGACAGCCCAGGCCUUCUAUCCCAUGUUCUUUGGACAAGAACAUUUCUUCGAGGAACUCUUCUGCAUCUGCAUCCAACUGUUAAACAAGACCUGGAAAGAGAUGCGUGCUACACAAGAGGAUUUUGACAAGGUGAUGCAAGUAGUUCGGGAGCAGAUCACCAGAACCCUGGCCUUAAGACCCACUUCACUGGAGCUCUUCAAGAGCCGAGUGAAUGCUCUCAACUACAGUGAGAUUCUACGUCUCCGGCAGACAGAACGAAUGCACCAAGAGGAGAUCCUUGCUGCACCAGUCCUAGAGCUGAGGGAGCGGCUGAAACCUGAACUUUUCAAGCUGAUCCAACAGCAGAGACUCCUGCACCUCUGUGAAGGGACACUUUUCCGUAAAAUUAGCAGCCGGCGCAGGCAGGAUAAACUCUGGUAUUGCCGCCUUUCCCCCAACCACAAAUUUCUGCACUAUGGAGAUAUUGAGGAAGGCAUAGAAAGCCUGCCCAUUGAGAGCCUGCCUGAGAAAGUUCCUGUGGCAGACAUGAAAGCGUUGCUCAUUGGCCGGGAAUGCCCACACACAAAGGAAAAGAGCUCUGGAAAGCAGAACAAGGAUCUGCUGGACCUUGCCUUCUCCAUAAGCUAUGAUGUUGGGGAGCAUUUGAAUUUCAUUGCUCCCACACGGUACGAAUUCUGCUUGUGGACUGACGGCUUGAAUGUCCUGCUGGGCCGAGAAAUGGUGAGUGAACGGACACAGAGUGACCUGGAUAUCUUGCUAUCAAUGGAACUCAAGCUGCAAUUGCUGGAUCUGGAGAACAUCCCCAUCCCAGAUGCCCCGCCUGUCAUCCCGAAGCCCCCCAGUAACCUAAACUUCUGCUAUGAUUUUACCCAUAUAGAACAAUAAGGGCUGCCUCUGGUUAGCAUUUCCUGCCUUUAGUCUCGAUCACAGGGUAUGCUACUUCUUUAAUGCUCUAGCACAGUUUGGGUGACGCUCCAAACUGGAUCAGGAAUGUGCCAUGGGCUCUCUCCUUUUGUCUACCAUUUCCAAGUUUUCUCUAACUUUUUUUGUCAUGACAUCAGAAUCAGGCCAGUGAUGAUAAACACUAAGCUACCAAUCCAUUUAAAACUCAUAUCAGGUUUGAGAUCCGCUUUGACUAUAGAAUAACUAAUUCAGACAUCACAGCAAAAGAAAUUGCAGCAAACCACACUUAUCAAAUGGGGAGAGAAAGAAUUGUGCUAAUCUAUGGCACAUUAAGCCUUGGUUUGGGCAUUAUUUCAAAUCAUAAUCCGAAAUCAGAAAGUUUGAUUCUUUUUUAAAACAGACAAAUGUGCAUAUGUGUAUAUAGCCAUAGAUUAUCUUUUUUCUUGUAGCUACACAAUUUGAGAUAAUCACAGAAUUUUUAAUACUUUGAUCUGAAUUGUUUUUUCAGCCUCUUGAGACCAUAAUAAGAGAUGGGGAACAGAGUUUAAUUGCUAUCAUCUACCCCUGGCUCUCUACAAAGCCAUAUCUGUGACAAGCAUUAAAAAGUUACAGGGAGCAAGAGAGUGCUUGCCUUCUACAGAUCCUGGGUUGUGCUCUAGAGACCUUAUUCCAGGAAUGUAAUAGGCGGUCACAUAGAUGCUUCAGCCUGGUAGGGAAAGCUAAUGCUUUUACCAGCACAUUUCACUGUUAGUUCUUUAAGGAGGCUGUUUUAAUCAUAUAGCUCACCUAUUUUAUGCCAAUUAAGGGAACUUGGAAAACAUAGGUAGGUUUCUGUCUGCUGCCACAUGUGAGACUGGUAAUUGUCAGAAGUGUUGCAAAAGAUGAAAAGGGAGAAACUUUGCGUUGGUAGCAUAUCUAGUUAGCCUGAGCAUUGCUCUGGAGGAUGGUGAAGACUUGGCAUCUUACUGUUGGCUCUGACUUCCUCAAGACAGAAUAGGAACACAAGAAGAGUUCUGCUAGCUCAGACUGAGGUUCCAGUUGUUCCAGUAUCUUUUUAGUCACAGAAACCAAUUAGAUGCCUCUCUUCACUUAUAAUCCUUUAACUUGUUAACCUUUGACUGUAGACUCUACCAAGACAAAAGUUGUCCCUGUGCAUUUCUCAGGAAGAAAAGCAAUCAAUCUUCCACCCCAGUUGUUUUGUCCCCAACCAGUUUUUCACCCUUUCCUUGAUUUUAUGUAGCCUGAAAUUCUGUUGAUACUUUCCUUGCCUGUUGCUCUGUUUUGCAAGGCAGAAGCUAGCACUUUACAUAACUGGCUCCUUGCUGUAUGGGAAAAGUGGGCCAUAUAGGUACAUUUCUGAUCUUUAUAAGUAACAGGAGAACUAGUGAAGCAAGCCACUUUGUUCAAAAAUUGUAGCACCAGCUUUCAGGGACCUUUCUUUUCAUUAUCGCUGCAAGCAAUGUAUGGGAUGGGGAGAGGUUUCUGAUGGCUUUUCUUCCAAGAAUGCUUUUCUUGGUAGGCUCAUAGAAGCCCUUAUCUUAGGGAGAAGAGCUCUGAACAUGAAUCAAACUUUUCUUGAAAACUUCUUCAGGAUAUGUUACUUGUAAUGUAUUCUUUAUUUUGAGUGAUUUCCUAAAUCCUUUCCAAACUGAAGGUGGAUUCUGUAACUAUCCAAAUAAUUUCUCUUGCUGUCAUAUUUACUUUGCCUUAUACUUUUUAUUCUGCUCUUGCCAGUCAUAAGGGAUAACAAGGAAUUGUAUAGGCACUGAAGCCGCAUCUGGCCACUGGCCACCGGCUACUUACUUGUGCUCCCCAGCCUUAAAGACUUUACCUGGUAUUGCUGACAUACUUUUAAUAUUGUCAUCCUCAGAAGAGGAGGUAGAAACUUGUUUUUUUAAAAAACAUGAAAGCCAAGAAUCUCCAGAAAUGGAAACUUUUUGCAGACACACUCCCCCAUCCAGUGAUUAAGCAACUCGUGAUAUGCACAGUGUCUGCUUGUAGUACUGCUGAAGUAACUCAUGGAGUGAGUGGUGGUAGCAGUAAUGUUCAGUAUCCAAGAAGGAAGUUUGGAGGAAUGUGUAUCAAAUGAGCGGGAGAUUGGCUUAGAUUAUUUACUGGGCCCCUUCCAAAUCUGUGAUUUCACACAGUAAAUUGACUUGGGCCACUACCAGAAUGUGACUGUUCCUACCAGCUUCUUGUAAGAUGGACUUCCAAAGACAUUUCUGCAGUCAUUUGGGAGCUAUGAUGGUUUCGGAUAAUACUCUCAUGAGGAGCCGUUUUCUUUGUUCCUGGUUAGCCACUUGGGAAGGCAAAUGUGAUUGUUGUUUUUCAUGUGAAGUCUCUCUAUCUGUGCGUGUGCAUACACACAUACACACACAUACACAUACUACUUUUUUUGUACUUGUGGCAGUAUUUGCCUCUUUCGAAUGAGUCCAUAGCACUGGAUUUACCAUUUUCCUUACCUCCCUUGUUGUGCAUUAAUUAUUCUUGCACCGCUGUAAAUGCCCACUGACUUAAAAGGAAACCUCAGUUUCUUUCUGUAAAGGGACUUCCUUCCUGCUCAGGUGCUUCUACUGUUAACUUGUUCACUGUGGUACUGCCGUUGGCAAGAAGACCUUAAUAAUUAAAAACAAAAUUAAAAGGAA